AAAAUAUGGCGGACGUUCCUAACACAAAUCCGUUUCUUGAUGACGAAGACGAUGAAAAUACGGUGGUUGCGGCUACAGAAGUGGUUAACACUGAAUUGCAAGAUGCAAAAACAAGUGAACAUCAUGAACUUUCAUUAGAUUCGCUUGCUGCAAGCCUUUUGAAGGAGAAUUUUGUUUUGACAGCCCUUGAAUUUCACACAGAACUCUUAGAGACCGGAAGAGAAAUCCCACGACUUCGAGACUAUUUUUCAAACCCUGGAAAUUUUGAACGUACAAAAGACGAAUUUGGGACUUCAUCACUGCAUAGAACAUCCAGUAUACAGACGUUUGAUUCUCUGGACUUUGCCCGCUAUUCAGAUGAUGGAGGUGGACAGGUGGAUGAAAGAGUAGCAGUUCUGGAAUUUGAACUUAGAAAAGCACAAGAUUCCAUCAAAUCUCUUCGAGCAAGCUUAACAAAAGAAGCAGAGAAUGAGCUUGGGUCUACAGAGCAGGUCAAUGAGGGGGUGGUCACAUUGGGACAGGAGGAGGCCAUUAAACCACUAGAGAAGAGGGCCAUUAAUUUCCUAAUCAACGAGUUCCUCCUACAGCAGAACUACAAACUCACGGCUGUCACCUUCUCAGAGGAGAACGAAGAGCAGGAUUUUGAGGACUGGGAUGAUGUGGGAUUAAACAUGGCUCGGCCACCGAGUCUGUUACACCUGUACAAGGAUUAUGGGAGCCAUGUUGUCCCACAAACUGAAACCAAGGACUCCUCCUGCCAGGUAGAUCUGGACCUGGAGGAAAAUCAGAGGAGGGAGGAGGAAUGGAACGAUCUGAAAUCUCAGCUGGAAUCAAACAUUGCUGAUUUUGAAAAUCAGAUUUCAAUCUUGAGAACAGAAAACCAGAACUUGAUGUCACAGAUUACUCAAUUCCAUAACCAAAGAUCUGAAAACCAGGUGAUAUACAGUUCUGCUCCUCUGAAAUCUUCAAAGUUAUCCAACCAGGAAGUAGAUUACACAGUGGGUGAGGAGAGCCCUGGUGUGGGUGAGAACAGUAAUGAAGAAUGUGAUCAUAAAACAGUGAACAGCGAGUUAGUGAUGGACACGAAUUGUGAAAGUGAGGCAAAAACUGUGAAAGAAGGGAACCAGUCAAAUGAUAAAGACAUGAGUGUGGAGUCACAUGAUUUUGUUGUCAUAGAUUCAGACCACAGCAUAGGUGACAAAAGUCCCACCACGAAGGAAAAUUCCAGUCGAGAAAAUCCAGACCCUGAAUCAGGGAGACAUUUAUCACCGACCUUUAGGAAAGCUUUAUUAGAUGUUUGUUUCCAUGUUUCUAAAGACAACCGUAUUGUACAUGAGGUAUCCCGAAUCAUUGGUGCUGACAGAGACCACAUUGUGACAAUGCUGGCUCGCUGUCUUCCUCAUAUAGUCCCCAACGUACUCCUGGCUAAAAGAGAGGAGUUAAUCCCCUUGAUAUUGUGCACUGCCAUGCUCCAUUCCGACUCUAAAGAGAGAGACAAACUCCUCAACAUUCUCUUUAACCUGAUCAAAAAACCUGACGAAGAACAAAGACAGAUGAUCAUGACGGGUUGUGUGGCCUUUGCCCAGCACACAGGAAGUGCUCGUCUGAUUGAGGAACUCCUCCCUCAGUGUUGGGAACAGAUAAACCACAAGUAUCCAGAGAGAAGAAUCCUAGUGGCUGAAGCAUGUGGUGCACUGGCAUCCUACUUACCAACUGAGAUUUUGAGCUCACUCAUCCUGUCGAUGCUCCAGCAGAUGAUGGCAGAGGACAAGGAGGCAGAAGUGAGAGAGGCCGUGGUCCGAAGUCUGGGAAUUCUGUUUGGAUUUAUCUGUGAUACUGACAAAUACACACAGGGUUGUGAAUUACUGUGGGCGUCCCUGAAGGAUUCCUCUGAGCGUGUGGUGACGGCCUCCCUCCACGUCUUUCUCCCCUCCCUGGCUGCCUGGGCGGACGAACUGGACAAGCUCCAACACAGUCUCAUACACAGUGUGGUCAAAGAUCUGGAAGAACUAGUUAAGAGUGCUCUGGCAGCUCAGAAAGCAUCCAACUGUAACCACAUUCCAUUAAACGAGUCACGCUUCAUGAAUUCCAUGUCAGCUUUACAAGAACUGAUAUCAUUUCUCUAUGUAUCUGUGAUAAAAAGUGGACCUUACCAGAACAAAAUCAGUGAGGUCCUACAUAAUGUUGUGGAUGUUGAUAUAUCUCGGUUUCCCAAACCUUGUUCACUGCUUACAGAUCUUAAGGUGGUUUGUGGUGACAAAGAUCAGUUAUCUGCCUUUGUUCACCUAUUUGAACAUCAUAUUGGUCAAGAGUGGUUUGAACCAUGGGAUUCCUUCAAUUGGGUUGUGAACAAUUUAAUUCCUAGAUUACUAGAAGUUGUGUUAGGUGCCGGAUUAGUCCUUCCUAAAAUAGUUAAUAGUCUGUGUCGCUGUUUCUUCUUGUUGUCUCGGACAUUUGGCAAAGUGUUUGUGGAGAAAAGGAUGAGACCAAAAUUCAUAGAGCUGUUGGUUUCGACAGAUGAACACACUGACCAUCGAGGUUACGCGGCUGCUAAACAGACCAGUGUCACCACCUGUAUUGUCCCUGUAUAUGCCGCGGGAGUCCUGUCAGCAUUUAAUUCUGAGGAAGAUAGGCAGCAGCUGAUUCAGUUCCUUCAAGAAAUCCUUUGUACUCUAUCCAUGUACCAAGCCCCCCUAGACAGCCUGAAGGCAGCAUUUACAGAACUCAGUGCUAACCCCAGCAAUCAUGAGCUGUUGCUGACAGUCCUCUGGGAUGGGGUGGUGCACUCCUCUCCCCAGGUACGAGCUUCAGCGGCCAGACUGUUCGAGCUGAUGGUGAAAGGUGUUGGAGAGAAUCUCAUCUCUACCCGAGUCUUUCCUGCUCUCGUCACACUCGGAACUGAUGCUGAAAUUAAUGUCAGGACAGCUACCAUUCCUGCUCUUGGAGCCAUAAUAGAGAAUGUGUCCCUUGUUGAUAUGUUAGAUAGAGUUUACAUGCAGUUUGUAACCUUCAUGGAUGACCCGGUCUACAGAAAUGAACAUGAGGUCAUCAUUGAGUUGAUUCGCACACUCGCACGAGUUGGUCCAAAUGCUGAGCCCCGUUUCCGAGAUGAUCUGAUUCUGCCGCGGCUGGCUUUUGUGGCACUCAAUAACAACCACCAGCAGGAUGAUGGGAAGAGGACAGAGGUGGCGCGGCAGCUCUUUGAGGCUUAUAGUGCUCUGUCCUGCUGCUUCAUCAAUGAUCAAUUGGUUCAGGAAGCCAUGUUGCCAGGGUUACGGUGCUUGAAACAAGACAUGGCCGCUGUGGCACCUGAAAGAGAGGAAGUGGUGAAUUCCAUCAUAAAAGACUACGAAACUAAAGUAGAAGGGCUUAGAUCUGGAAAUUUUUCUUCUGGUCAUGGAGGAUCAACCCCAAACUCAGAGGAUGUAAAAUCUCGAGUCAUGAACCGAAUUAAAGACACCACAUCAAAGGCCAAUCUCUCUAAUAUAUUCACAAGGAAGAAAUGAAACAGAGUCUAGAGAGUUCAGAACCAAAUCAAACACACCAUGUCAAUCUUGUAUUUACAAGGAAGAGAUGAAAUUGGGUCUAUGGAUUUUUUGCCAUAAAUGUUACCAUUGUUAUUAGCAGCCUGUGUUCAAAACCACAACCUAUAGCAUUGUCUGUUACCACUCAGCAAUGUGCUAGAAAUUUAAUCACCGUUUUUCACUGUGAUGUAAACUUGGAAUAGUUCCAUACAAAGCACAAUAUUUGUAUUAGUAUGUAUGAAUUUUUAAUUGUUAUUAAUCAAUAAAUCAUGAUUUAAUGGACUGUCAGUCAUGGGGUUGCAGCUCUGCGAGACAGAGGAUGGUAGAAUCUAUUCUCUGCCAAGUCGUCUCUGACUGAAAAUGUUAUCUUUUGGAACAUAAAUAAUCUAAAUUAUGAAUGAAAACAUUUGUUGAUUGCAUUUUAUGCCUUUAACAGUUGUAAUAUAGAAACCAGAGUCAUAAGGAGUGAAUUCUCUUCACAGUAGCCAUAUUGAUUGAUAUGUGUGAGGGCAUUUGUCAGUUGUAGAUGAAUAAGAUACCUAAAUGAAUUUGCUGAGGAAAUGAGUUCUAGUUUUCAAAGCAUUUCUUUUUUUUUAUUCCCUAGAUUUACAUUUCCCUGUCAUGUACAUUGUGAUAUGCUGAUCCUAUGAGGUUCAAAAUAGUUGGUUUGGGCGCCCAAAAUCUGAAUUAUGAUAUCUAAAUUGUGUAAAUUUUUUUAAAACAAAUUUAUAUCACAAAAAUUACAUUUUUCGUUAGUUAGAACUCGGACCAAAUAAGAAGUGAUGGGAGAGACCAGUUGAAUAUAUAUAUUUUUGCAUAGUUUAAAAAUAUUUAUAUGCUGGUAUAUUUACUGAUAUUACAAAAUGCUUACUUAAAAUUACCAUUUAAAAAAAAAAGAAAACAUACUUACUUUCAAAUAUAUAUUAUUUUAUGUAUCCACUUCAUACUAUUAUUUGCUAUAUUAAUGCAGUUAAUUCAGAUGCAAAGAAAACACAACUGAUUUGUGCUCAUAGUGGUAGAAUAUUUUGAAGAGUUUUACAAAUAUUUUUGGAAGUGAGUAGAUGAUUGCAUGGCUGAUGUACUUAUAUACCCUCUCUCCAAUAUUCAUGUAUUUUCAAUUGUAAUAAUAUUUGUGAAUAAGCAUAAUGUGUAUACACUAAUGCUUUACAAUAUUUUAAUAUAUACAUAUCACUUGAACUGUUAUUGUGAUGGACAUAUAUAAUUAUAUACUUUUACAAUCUUAAGUUAUUAUCAAUAAUUUAUUGUUUUGUUUGUGAAUUGAUAGGAAAAUAAAUUUUACAAUAAA